AUGGAUCAAUUAAUCAAUCUUCCUAUCUCACCAGGAUACAUCAUAUCAGAACUCAGCCGCGAGUUUAUUCCGGGAUUGUCGAGUAAACCUCACGCAGCGACUUGGGCGCCCAUUUUCGCUGAGCCAGCAAAGACUCGACUUUCAUGGAUGCGGGUGACGAAGGAAGCUUUCCCCUCAGUAUUGGACGCUUGUCGAAUGCAUGAGACAACCUUGACGGCACUUUUGAACACGCUCCUCAUGGUAUCAAUAGCGACGAGACUCUCUGAGGACAAGGCUCGAGCAUUCUCAUGUGGAACACCAAUUUGUUUCAGGCAAUUCCAAGAUGGAAAAUCCGAUAUUGAUUGCAACAAGACGAUCAUGAACUGCUAUGCCUACUGGCCUUUUAUCUUUGAAAAGGGUCUUAUUGCAAAGAUCCGCCGGCAAUUCAGCGAUGCCAAAGCAAACCCCGAUUUAGAUUCGAAUCUCGAAGAUGCCGUUUGGGACGUUGCUAAAACCAUAAGAGAAGGAUUACUGUCAAAGUUGAGGCAGGGCACCAAGAAUGACACAGUGGGUUUGGCCAAGUUUAUCGGUGACUGGCCGUCAUAUUUCAAAGGGCUUAGUAAAACGCGAGAGCAUGCGUUUGAAGUCAGCAACCUAGGCGCCAUCCAAGGCGGCCUUCCGGUGAACAAUGAUGGGAAGAGCAAAUGGAGUAUCGAUGGUGCCAGGUUCGCUCAGAGUUCGCCUUCUUUUGGAGCAGCAUUGACUCUCAAUGUUAUCUCUACCAAAGGUGGAGAAUUGGUUAUAAGUAAUGCUUGGCAAGAGGGAACAGUUGAUGAUGAGUUUGCUCGGGGCGUGUCUUCUGAUGUUGAGACGUGGUUGGAUCGGCUGGGAAAUACAGGGUGUUUCAAGUUUGCAUGA